GCAAAAAUAUCUCCGAUCAUUACUCCUCCUAGGGACUUCGGAAAAGGAGUGUUGGAAAACUGCGCAACAGCUUGGGAUCAAGGACUGAAAUUCGCCCUUUCCCAGAGCCUCUGGGUCCCGGGACCAGCGAGCGCCUCCUGUGGUGGGGCAACUGGACACCAACAGUUGGCACGGGCCACCUGUUCCACCACCUCCUUGUCGCCCCCACCGUUCCCUCCCUCAAGGACAAGGACAGCGACGCCCUCCUCCCCCUUCUCCUCCUCUUUGGUGCCACGAGCCAGGAGGCGGGAGUGACCCACAGCAGCUGACCCAGCUCGGGCACUGCCUCUCCCACAGCCCUCAGGACACACCAUGGGCCCAGAGGCUGGUUUGUGGCACACAAGCGACGACGCAGGCGGCGGCCCCGGCGACUCUCAACUACCUCCCUGACCACUACGACAACCUCCCCGAAGCCAUCGCCACCACCUGCAGGGGAUUCUACCCGCGGCACAGCCAUCCCCACAACGGACUAACAGCUACGUAAACAAUUAUGGAGGGAGAGAGGAGGCGGACCGAGGCGCUGGGGGAAGGAUGGGCCAUCGACGUCACACCCAGAGCCCCCAUCCGGGAACUAAGGCGGAGGCUCGCCCCUCAAAAUGGCGACAGCAGUGACGCGCCUGCGUACGGAACGCAUCCGUCGCGCCACGGACGACGGGAAGUGAGGUUUUCAGAAGAGCCUCCAGAAGUGUACGGCGACUUCGAGCCCCGGGUAGCCAAAGAAAGGUCCCCGGGGGGAAGACGAACCCCGUCAGAAAAGUUCCGGCUGGAUUCUGCGAAAGAGGAAGUGAGAGAAAGCACUUACAAUCUUCGGGCUCGACCACGGAGACGGCGGGGACCCCAGGAAACCGAGGAGAUGAAGACGCGAAGGGCGACACGGGUUGAGCAGUUCUCACAGCAGCCUCAGCCGCAGGCGUCUCCGACUACGAGCAGACGAGGGUUCCAGGACUCUGAGUCCUCAGAGGAUGAAUCUUCUUCCCAAAUUGUUACAAACCAAACAGCCUCAAAGAAAACUGUCAAAACACCAGAGAUUUCAAAUCCUUUAAGUAACUUAUGCAGACCCCCACUAAGAAGCCCAAGAUAUGGAGAAACUGAAGAUGACCUCAAGAGUGCUCACAGUGACAUUACUGUCAAGGUCAAAUCCAGGAACUGUGCUGAGUCUAGGGAUGAAGCUGCCAGAUCAUACAGUCAUCAAGAACAACCUUGUAGUUUACCACAGAGUCAGGACUUCACAGCUCAUGAGAAUCAGUCGUCAGUGCUGAGCUCAGAAUAUCCAAGAAACCCUCAAGUCAUAAGAUUGAGGACUCGACUGCCAUAUAAUAACAUUCAGGAAUCAGAACUUGGAAACCAAUCUCCAUCAACCUCCAGCCAGCCAGAAACUGCUGAACAACUGCAAAAUGAGUCUUCUGUCAACAUAAAGCCGCGGCUGCUCCUUCUGCUCGGUCUGCUCGUCGCCCUUCUCUUUGGAGUGUUUUGGUUCUUUAAUACUCCUGCAGUAGAAACCACUGCCGUUCAAGAAUUUCAGAACCAGAUGAAACAACUUCGGUCUAAGUACCAGAGUCAAGACGAGAAGCUGUGGAAAAGAGGCACAACAUUCCUAGAAAGACAUCUGAAUAGCUCCCUCCCUCGGCCCCAGCCUGCCAUCCUUUUGCUCACUGCAGCCCAAGAUGCUGAAGAAGUGCUCAAGUGUCUGAGUGAACAAAUUGCCGAUGCCUAUUCUUCCUUCCGUAGUGUCCGUGCCAUCCGGAUUGAUGGGGCAGGGAAAGCUGCUCAAGACAGUGACGAGGUCAAACAGCAGGUAGAUCAAGAACUGAGCGAUGGGUUUAGAAAUGGCCAGAAUGCAGCUGUGGUACACCGUUUCGAGUCCCUGCCUGCAGGCUCAACCUUGAUCUUCUAUAAAUACUGCGACCAUGAGAACGCAGCCUUCAAAGAUGUAGCCCUAGUCCUGACUGUACUGUUGGAGGAGAAGACACUGGAAGCCAGUCUAGGCCUAAAGGAAAUUGAAGAGAAAGUGAGGGAUUUCCUCAAAGUCAAGUUCACCAGCUCUCACACGGCCAGCUCCUACAACCACAUGGACCCAGACAAGCUGAAUGGGCUCUGGAGCCGCAUUUCUCACCUGGUGCUGCCCGUGCAGCCCGAAAAUGCCCUGAAAGGGGGCAGCUGCCCGUGAGGGGGAAGCGGAAGUCACGUCUCUAGGUCUGGGCAGUUUUCAGACUUUCUAACUAGAGACGGAAUCUAGAGCAGUUUUUGAAAACUGAUUUCUUUUUAAAGGAAAUUAAGUUCAUACAUAAAAGUGGAAUACCUAAA